AUGGAGGUUGUCAUGUCUGCAGUUGCAGGUGAAUUUGUGAGCAAGUUCAUCUCAUUUCUGAUGAACAAGUACAACUCCUCUAGGCAUCCUCAAUCAGAGGAGGAGAAGGUGGUGGAGAGGUUGCAGCACCUGCUGAUGAGAGCUGGUACAAUGGUUGAGGAGGCAGACACGAGGUACAUAACCAACUCCGGAAUGAUGAUGCAGCUCAAGACGCUCUCAGAGGCUAUGUAUAGAGGAUAUGGUGUGCUGGACAACUCGAGGUACCGUGACCUCCAAGACACCGCAGGCUUCGACGAGGUUAGCAUCAACCACUCAUCUGCAAGCAGCUUAUAUUUACCCAAGCGCUCUCGAACAACAAAUGAUAAGGUUACACGCCUCGAGUCACAUGGUGCGUUGGAAAGUCUAGAAAUUGUUGUUGCUAACAUGGCAGAAUUUAUUGUUCUUCUUGGUGGAUGUGAGCGCAUGUCUCGUAUGCCAUAUGAUGUUUAUCUUUACACCGAAAACUUCAUGUUCGGCCGACACGCUGAGAAGCAAAAGCUCUUCAGCUUCUUGUUGCAACAUAACGACCCUCCUAGUGAUCAUGCACUGGCAGUUCUCCCGAUCAUAGGUGGUGUAACAACUGGGAAGAAAACUUUGGUUGCCCAUGUGUGCGGCGAUGAAAGGGUCCGUUCACGCUUCCCAUCUGUAUUGCACUUGAAUGGAGGCAGCCUUUUGAAAAUAUGUGAGCACAGAAGGACUAUGGAAGGUAUGAUGUUGGUAGUUAUUGAGUUUGCUUUUGAUGUAGAUGACGAUCACUGGAAAAAGUUUCACUCGUUUUUCAUAAGAAUGGAUAGAGGAAGCAAGAUCAUCAUCAUAAGUAAACUUAAAAGAUUAGCCCGGUUUGGAUCGGUGAAACCAAUUUUCCUUACUGCUCUGUCUUAUGAUGCGUUGAGGUACCUUUUCAAGACACUGGCAUUCGGAAGCGUAGAACCUACAGAACAUCCGCGACUACUACAGAUAGCAGAUGAAUUUGCCAAGUUAAUGCACAGUGCGGAUGGUUCACUUGUCUCAGCAAAUGUGUACGCAGACAUAUUGAGAAAGAAUCUCGAUGUUCAGUUUUGGCGUUGCAUAUUGGACAAGGUGAUGAGAUAUGUUAAAAGAAACCUCGCCCGAUUUAGUGUGGACCCAGCCAUACAUGUAGAACAAGGCCCUCCAGUGGUUGUAACGGCUAUAGAACAAGGCCAUCCAGUGGUGAUAACAGACCUUGCUUUGGAUCCACUUUGCAUAAUACCUUAUACAAAUAAUGUUUCAAUCAAGGAACUGCCAAGUGUGACGUUUGGGGAACUUCUAACAGACCCUACUGUUAGACCAAACGGAGACUUUAAUCUAAUUUCAUGGAAAUCAAGGAUACCGCCUUAUAAUUCACUAUUUGCUGGUUUUACUACAAGUAGUGCUUUGGAUACGCAUGAAGUUAAUGUCAUGCCAGGGAGGAAGCGACGAGGAGUACCAGUCUAA